UGUGAGAGCCGUGGCAGCGCCCUCUCUUGGUCGUCCGUAAGCAACCUGUCAACAUUUUUUCACGUAAAAUACCCUGAAAAACUAGGUUCCUUAUAUUUAUGUCUGUGAAUAUACCACACACAAAUAACGCGCAUAAUGCAAAAGGGGAAAUGAAUGUAAUGUUUUAGAUUUGUUUUUACCAUCCACAUAUCAUUCAAUGCUUUGUGUCACAUGAGAAGUUUAGCAGAUCAGAAAGGAAACAGACUGAUUUCUGGUAAUAAUAACCAAGAUUGAGUGUGCAGUUCUGUAGUUAAAGAAGCAAUACUACAAAUACAGAGAAGCACUGUCGUCACUCAGUCUCUGGAAACCUGAACCUUUGAUGAUAUUGAAGAAACUAAUCUACUAGGCAGAUGAAGACACUGUGACUGUUUCCAUCAUGUCAUCUUUUUCCUGGUUUCUCUUCCCUUCCAGUCUCGGCUUUCUCCUCAUCCAUGUCUGUGUCUCACAGAUACACGUAGUGAUUGACCCAGAUGUUGCAGAGCAACUCUAUCAAAACAAAAAACCAUUUCAAGAUGUUAUGGGUAAAUACAUACUUAAUGACACCCAGUCAAACUUCUAUCAACUGGUACUGAAUGGCAGUGUGCUUUACGUUGGUGGUCGAGAAAGUUUGGAUACCAUUGAUUUGGCGAGUUGGAAUGUUAGUCAUCAUGUGGAUUUUACAACACGUUCAGUGUUAUGUGCUGAUGAAGUGCUGUGUUUCAACUACGUGACUAUAAUUGAGCCAAAAGACGAUUGCCUGUUUGUCUGUGGAACGGAUGCUCAGUCACCAAAGUGUUACAUUGUGAACCCACAGAAUAACACAAUGAUGGAAGCCACAGAUUACCGGGGCAAAAAUGUCGCCCCUGCAGAUCCAAAACAGAACUCUACAUGGCUCUAUCUGCCUGCAGAGGGUAAGUAUUUUUCUGCGUCUGGUAUGCCAGUGGAAGGAAGUGAAUCCGGAAUUCUUCUAGCAAAUCAAACAGGCUGUAGUCCUACAUUUACGAAAGGUACAGACAACAUAAAAACUCCAAAUUGGCUGAAUGUUCCACAGUUUGUUGGACAACCUUUUGAACAUGAUGACUUUGUCUACUUCUUUUUUCGUGAGUUUGCAACUGAGCAUGUCAACGCUGGAAGGGUUGUUUACUCAAGGGUAGCCAGAGUCUGCAAGAAUGAUACUGGAGGAAAGUCGUUUACAAACUUAGAAUUGAAAUUCUUAACCUACCAGAAGGCCAGGUUAGGUUGUGUUGCAUCUUCAGGAGGAGAAGAAGAUUCGAACUUGAUGUAUAAUGAUAUUCAGGAUACUUAUUAUGAUAUGGAUACGGAGAGUGUGUAUACCGUCUUCAACGCACCACAACAUGCUCCACCAACUUCAGCUAUUUGUGUGUACGAUAUGAUUGACAUCAUGAGUGUGUUUGAAACAUCCGAGUACUGGGGCACUCAGAUGCCAUCAGAUCUUUGGUCCAAACCAAACACAGGUGACGUACCUGAUCCCCGACCCGGUCAGUGUGGUGCAAAAUACCCACUUGGUGACCCGGAUUUUGAACUAUUUCUUACAAACUACCCCCUGCUUGAGAAAUUAGUCCAGUCUUCAUUGACUGUGGUACAAGACAAUGUGAGCUAUGUGCAGAUUGCAGUGGAGGGGAAGGUUAAUGGUCAAACCUUAAUGUUCCUUGGAACAGAUCGCAAUUCAGUCGUCAAGGCAGCUUUCAAUGGUUCUGCAGUAAAAAUGAUUGAAGAAAUUGACCUGACUUUAGAUGGCAUAACACAGUCGCCAAUUCUCAACAUUAUAAAGGAUGAUGCAUCCUUGUAUAUAAGCACAGAGUACAGCGUGUACAAGCUUCCACUAGAGGUAUGCGCAUCUCGAGAUCCAUGUGAUUGCGAAAAAGAUUCAUACUGUAUCUUAAAUGGAACCGAAUGCGUUGAGUAUCAAUCAGUUCCCAUUUUACCAGGCAACACCUCACAUUGUGAUGAAGUAAUUAUUACUGAAAUUGGAAAUGACGAACCAGUCAUUACCGUCACUGAAGGCAAGAUAAGGCACGUGAACUACAUUGUUUCUGCUAGAUCCAACUUCGAUCUUUCUGCCACGGAUGUGGAAUGUACUGAUACAAGCUGUAGUAUAAUAUCAAGAAAUAGUAAACCAUCCGUUUGUGGAAGUCAAGAGUUCUUGUCUGUCAAGUAUGCCGUCAAAAUAGACAGGGAAUGUACUUGUGAGGUUAAUUUCAGUGCAAAUGGUGCUGAUCUGCGCAAGGUGACUCAAUUUGUAGUGGACAGUUCAUAUCGAGUCAAAGAUGACAAAUGUCUUAAAGAGGUUGGGAAAUAUGAUGAACAACUAGCCCUCUACAAGUAUAAGUUACAAAAAUGGAAAAAUGAUGCGAUCCGUGAAAGCAAUUGUACAAAAAGCUAUUGCAAUGAGCCGAUGAGGUGUUCAUCAGAGCCAUAGUACAGCAACGGCCACUGAUGUUAAAGUAGAUUGGAACAACGAAGCAAAUGAAAGGCCUUCCUUUGCUGUUAAUGAGGGUGUAGGCUCAGCUUAUGGUGUCAAAUGUAAGAGGUAUAUAUACAAAUCAAACUGUAUUUUGUUGACUCCUUACUAGAAGGAAACAAAAUAAUCUUAAGAGUGUACCUUCAGAUUUAUUUGGCAUCACUUUAUUAUGUGUUGCUCUGUGCCACUGACAGACACUUGUACAUAUAAAGGCACUGGACACCUUUGCUAAUUGUCAAAGACCAAUAUUCUCACUUGGUAUCUCAAGAUAUGCAAAAAAA